AUGUCUGGCCCCUCCGACGAUGGCGUGGGCCAAUUCUUGCAUUCCACUCACUCUUUCACCAGAAUGGAAAGCUCGGACGCCCACCCUUCUACCACGGAGGCAGCCGAUCAGGACACCACCCGACCCUUGCCAUUAUCCGUUGAUACUGAGGGGCAGCAAAAUGUAUCCGAUGUGUUUGAAAGACGAGGCUCCGCCGAUUCCGGUGCAGAUGGCCAGGCUGACGAGGGCUUUGUGCUGUCACGAAGCGUGCAAGACCCCUCGGAAGAGCUCCCUAUCGAGCUGAUUAGCUUGACAGAUCGGUUCAUCAACUCACUGAGCGCAAAAGUACACAACUCUCCCCCUACGAUCGACAAAAUAUCCUCCCUCUUCCAGGUCUUCUAUGAUCGCGCCGAAUCCCACAUCGCCACACACAUAUCCGCGCUUGCAUCCCGUAUCAAUAGGGAUCCAGCUCCGCAGGCGUCAACAUCCCGUGGAAGUGCGUUUUCGAAGCUAGGCAGCAAGAAGUCCCAGGAUGACGUUCGACAAAGUGCUGCUGGUCGGCAAAUGUUGACGGCGGCUGAAGUUGCCGACAGACGGAGAGCGCGAAAGGCUCUCGAAUACAAACGUGCUGUGAUGGAAGAGGCGGCGGAACGAAGAGUCUGUGAAACGGUUUACGACAAGAUCUGGAGACAUAAAACCACGCUGGAUGACGUGCGGGAUGAAAAACUUCGGUCGAAGACAGCCGCCUUGCUGCUGGUGGGCAUCAAUCUGAAAGACCUGGGUAUCGACAUCGACUUAUCAGCGGUUGAAGAGCGGAAACAGCAGGAGGCCAACGAUUAUUUGGCUCAGGCCAGAGACUUCUUGGAAAAAAUGAACGAUUACAAGUACCCCUUGGGCAAGCUUCAACAAUUAGCGGCAGCCCAUAAAGCUAUCGUGGACGCAUUAACCAAACUCUUGCCUUCGUCGUCAUCAGCGGAUGAGAUCCUGCCCACGUUGAUCUACACACUCAUCACUUGUCCGGCUGAUGGUAUUAACAUUAUCAGCAACCUUCUCUUCAUUCAGCGGUUCAGAUCAUCGAAUAAGAUUGAUGGUGAGACCGCAUACUGCUUGACCAAUCUUGAGGCUGCUGUAAGCUUUCUAGAGAAUGUCGAGUUAUCUAGUUUGCGCGCAGAUGAACUACAAGAGGGACCUCCCCGGACUCCAAGCGAAACAGUAACCCCAUCUGUGGAGCGACUCGAUCCUUUAAAGCCAACCAAAGAGACUACCACAUCAUCGGUUACAGCUGUAUCUGCUUCGCCCGAGAUAUCAAAACCCGAAACCAAAGAACCGUCUUCCACAUUACCUCGGCCCCGUCUUUCUCCAGCGCCCCAGCAGCGACGCCUGAGCAACUUGUUCCAACCGCCUGCCAAGGUACUCGAAGCAGCAAACGAUGCUGUGCGUACCACCGCAGAUCAAAGUCUCAAGAACAUUGGCGCUACAUUAGACAAUUCGUUCAACUUUCUUUUUGGUCGCCUCAAGGAAUUACAGACUCAAGGACCCAAUUCAAAUGAACCUGUACUGCCAAAGACGCUGGCCGAAGCUCGUCGUCUAGUUGCCCAACCUCUAGUCAACAAGCACAGCGUGCUUCAAGACGAUCUUGCGUCCAUAAACUCCAUGCCGUCCGAUGAUGGUGGGCACAACUCAAGAGCCACGGGUCUAACUAGCGGCGGUCGCACACCCCGUGACCGAAGCACCGACAGCGCGAGAACACAAGCCAGCAAAAGAUCAAUCGCCCCAUCUUUGCGAGACGAAUCUACUCCAAGUCCAUCUUCAGCCACCACUCAAAAUCCACUCGAGUCAAUGCGGAACUUUGGAAACUCGCUAAACCCUCUCAAUCACAUUCCAGGCAUGAUCAAGAACUUUGGUCGCAAUGCCCCCGGCCCCGAGGCUCGUGGCCUGGACACACCGAAUUUAAGACCACUAUCCCCUGCAGCGAUGGAUCGUCUCAGAAUCUCACCUGCGUCAGAGACUGCGAGUGCGACUGCGAGUCCACGACCUGCACUGAAGAUCGACCCUCCCAUCCAAAGAUUUAUAGACACGCAAGAUGCUCGAGAUCUGCGCGUUGGAGAUGUGGCCGCUCUGCUCGAAGAUUACAAGCGAUUGGCGGCUGCCAUCCAGAAGUCCGGAGCAGGAUCUCGAUAA